ACACACACACACCGUCUCAUGACUGCUGCUCCCGAAACCUGAACGACGCGUCGCGCGGGCGGGGAAACAAGCACCGGUACGUUGCUGACUGUCGCUGCUGCCCCGGGGAGCAGGAGGGGAAGCAUCAAUGCCUCCAGGUUCCCUCUCACAUAUCGGCCUGGACCUGUUCUCCUCCUCCGGCCUCCUGCGCUGAGAUAAUGAAAGGAUGGCCGAGCAGCGAUGCGGGGACCACGGAGGGCUGACGGAUGAUGCUGCUGCAGCGACACACCGAGAUGAGCAGCAGCAUCACAACACGAUGAAUCCCACGGAGGAAGCAGGACUGGAGGGUCUCUCUUUGGAUGAGAUACUGAGGCUUUAUGGCCAGCCCAUCAAUGAGGAGCAGGCUUGGGCGGUGUGUUAUCAGUGCUGCAGGACGCUGGCGAGGGCACACCGGAGAAAGAGCUCCUCCGCUGCCGCCGGAGCAUCAUCAGCGGCGGCUCUGAGGAGGAUAUCCGGACCGGGGGAUGUUAGGAUACAGAAAGACGGGUCUGUGAGGGUGGAACACCAGAGCUGUGAAGGUAAAUACAGCCCUUGCACAACAACAGAGGUCAUCGAGUCUCUGGGCAUUAUGAUCUACAAGGCUCUGGAUUACGGGCUGAAGGAGAAUGAGGAGAGGGAGCUCAGCCCUCCUCUGGAGCAGCUCAUCGACCUCAUGACCAAUAUGGCCGAGGCUGAGAGGGACGCCUGCCCCGACGAAGGCUAUGAGGCCACAGAGGAAGAGGAUGAGGUGGAGGACGACCCUGACAACAUCUCCAGCAUCCACGGCUAUAGAGAUAUCCUCAAGCUGUGCACAGUUCAUUUACCCAGUCUAUCAGAUGCCCCCAGUCACUAUCAGGCAGUGUGUCGGGCUCUGUACACAGAAACCAGGGAGCUGGGUACUUUCCUGGACAAGAUCAGGAGUGCCAAAGAGAACCUCCGUAAGAUGGAGGAAGAGUCAUCAGAGGAGCCUGGCAGAGACCUGAAUGAACUACAGAAUGCUGACUGGGCUCGAUUCUGGGUUCAGGUGAUGAGGGACUUGCGUGAAGGAGUCAAGCUGAAGAAGGUGCAGGAGCGUCAGUACAACCCUCUGCCCAUCGAGUACCAGCUCACUCCCUAUGAGAUGCUCAUGGACGACAUCAGGUCCAAGCGCUACAAACUGCGUAAAGUCAUGAUAAAUGGAGACAUCCCACCCAGGUUAAAGAAAAGCGCUCAUGAAGUCAUCCUGGAGUUCAUCAGGUCCAGACCACCUCUCAACCCUGUGUCAGCUCGUAAGCUGAAGCCGCAGACUCAGCCUCCUCCAACGCUGCAUGAACGGAUCUUGGAGGAAAUCAAAUCAGAGAGGAAACUUCGACCAGUGUCGCCCGGUGAGGUCCGCAGGGGAAGACUGGGUUAUGGCAAAACUCGCAGUAUGCCACAGGAUUUGUUCCGUGCUGGAGUAGAUGAGUUUAGUCCGUACAUGGGCAGGAGGACAUCCAGCUCUCUGUCUCUGACCAAUGGAUUAGCAUCUCCCAGGGUAGAACCCUCCGGCUCUCAGUCUGCACCUCAGAGGAAGAGGCUCCUGAAGGCACCUAGCCUCGCCGAGCUGGACAGCUCUGACUCUGAUGAUGAGAUCUUUGGCCGCAAGUCAGCCAGCAGCUCCAGUGUGGCUACAUCUUUGAUGGAUGAUACAUCUCCAGAGUGUGCUCUGGGGAAGAAAACUCCACCCAUGUUCCUGCCCAUCUCUUCUACACCCCAGCCAGAGAGGCGUCAGACCCCCCAGAGGAGACACUCCAUUGAGAAGGAAACCCCAACCACUGUCCGACUGUUUCAACCUCCCUCCAAACAGAGCUCCAAAUCUCUGGAGGAGUUCUGUUUCCCUGUGGAGUGUCUGUCUCUGACGGUGGAGGAGGUGAUGCACAUCAGACAGGUGCUGGUUAAGGCAGAGCUAGAGAAGUUCCAGCAGUACAAAGAAAUCUACAACGCUAUGAAGAAGGGAAAGCUUUGCUUCUGUUGUCGAACCAAAAGGUUUUCCUUCUUCACCUGGUCCUACAUUUGCCAGUUUUGCAAAAAGCCUGUGUGUGCACAGUGCUGCAAAAAGAUGCGGCUGCCGUCCAAACCUUAUUCCAGCUUGCCCAUCUACUCCAUUGGCUCGACCAACACUCUCCCCAGGGAGAGGUUGAGUGCCAUGAGUGCUGUAGGACAAGGACUCUCUGUGGCCAGAGAGCCGGGGCCAUCAGCAGUGGGAGGGGCCCAGGCGCCCCCUACUUUGAAAGUAGAAACAACAGGAGCAUCUAAAGGAGCUGGAAAAGUCUCUGGAGCAGCAGCUGCUGCUAAAUCUGAAAAGUCCUCUGGCAGUCCACGGCGCCACAGCAUUCAGAAGACCAUGUCCAAGUUUUCGAAGCACGGCUCUUUAAAGUCUCAUGAAGAACUGGAGCUUCCCUCAGAGCUGACGGAGGACUGGGCCACCAUGGAGGUGUGUGUGGACUGCAAGAAGUUCAUCUCUGACAUAAUCGCCUCCAGCAAGCACAGCCUGUCACUGGCCACCAAGAGAGCUCGACUAAAACGCAAGACCCAGUCCUUCUACUUGUCCUCCCCUAAAGGAAGGGAGGAGUACCGCCCCUCUGAACGAACAAUCAAGGAGGUCUAAAACUUUUUAUCUCUCUCUCUCUCUGGCUGCUUCCAGCUCCUAUGGCACAAUUACAAAGACUCAGCACUGGAUAUGAUUUUACUGUACAUGUAUACUUCAGUCAGAUAAAGCUGUCAGAUUGGCUGAUAUGAACCUCAGUGGUGGACAGUGUGGUGUUUGUUGCUGUGUCCUGAUCAUCGUGUACAGCUCCUUCAGAUGAGCGCAUACUGUAGAUCUGCCAAUUUUUUUUACCAUAUCAUAGAUGAUCCUUUAAUCCCUGGCCACAGACUUUUGAGUAAAGAGACGAGAAGUGUUGUGAUGAGAAAUGGCAAUGUGUCAAAGUGGAAUGACCUCCCUUCCCUAUGAUGGCACAACAGCGUGGUCCAAUCCAACUCACAUUCAAAUCAAUAAGCACAAGACAGAAGGACUGAUGUGUGUUUGGCUUCCUCAGGCACUGGCACUGCAGAAGACACGAGGCCUGCAGAAAGUGACACUCAAGAAAAUACGGGAUAUUAAACUGUACAUUUUGUAUGGGUUUUCAUUUAGUUUUUUUUUUACAAGCGUCUGUACGGUAAAUGAUUGUUCGAUGAAGUCACCCUCAGUUUUGUUUUGCUGAUGAUGCUUAAUGAGACUUUCCCCCACUUUCGUCUGUACAAAGCAUACUUCAUAGCAUGCUCCUGUUUUUGAGGAAUCAGGAAAAGUUUCCACGCAUCUUUUUUUUUUUUUUGAUUGCAUGUAGAAAACAGUCUGUUUUCAUACAGAUUUUGUGCCAAAUAACAGCAUCUUUCUAAUCUAUAUGUUACCCAUGGAAAAGUAAUUUCCCCCGAUUUAUGUUUGCAGAAAUCUGGCAACAAAACGAUGACACAAACUAUGAGAGCCAUACUCAUUAAAGCCCAAGAAAAUGUGGUAUAAAAUCUUGACAUUUCAAAAAUUCAAGUCUGAAUAGUCCGCACUGCUCAUUUUUUUUAGUUUAACACUCAACUAAUCUGCUUCAUCGGGAUUGUGUGGGCAAGAGCUGAUCAGAUUUGAUUUUAGUUUUGCACUUCCAUAAAGUAAUGAGACUUGUACGAUACAGAGUAUAAAAAGAACGGUGACUUGGUUAAUUGAAGCUGAGAUAUUGUGUCCCUUAUAUGUUUGUGUGUCUUUGUCCAUCAGUCCCUAUAUGGGCCAAGUUUAAGGGGACAGUUCACCCCAAAAUCAAAAAUACAUAUUUUCUACUCAUGAACAAGAGGCUUGUGCUCGUGAUAGCACAAAAUGUAAACAUUAAUGGUGUCCUCUUCAGCCACAACAACAAGGUCUGUGGAUUAACUUGAGUAACCAGCUCAUUAUUUCUGGAAGAGAAGUUAGACAUCUCUAUGGCCGAUAUCUCCAACACUCAGUAACUCACACCAAACAAUCUUACCAAACAUUACAGGUAAGAGGAAAGAUCUUUUUUUUUGAUGAACUGUCCCUUUAAACACUGCCAUAACCUACAUUUCCCAUGAUGCAACUCCAUAGCAUCUUAAUGGUUAAAACAUUAUUUACUGUUAAAUACCCACAUCUCUCAUACUCCACAACCAAAGUUGGUAACAGAGGUCUUCUGUUAUAAAUUCGUCUCACUCGGGACAGAGCCAAAAUAACCCUGAUACAAACAAACACUGCUAAAUCCUGAUUGGUGCUAGGAAGUACAUGACAUCAUUUGUUUCCUUUUAAGCCUCUCCUACUUCAAACAAGUGAGCGAAACAAAAAUUACAGAAAUCUCUUAUGUAAAAUAACCAAACCUACUCUAACUUUGGCAGAAAACGUUGUGCUGAUGUUAGACCCCAUUGCUUAUAAUAAGAAGUAGAUUGAAAAAAUAUAUUUUUUUAGGGCCUUCAAAGCACAUUUUGAAACCACAUGUUCAUGCUGUGUGUUUAUUUGAGACUUACUUAGACUACACAGAUGUGCAGAAAAGCAGGUAUAGACACAGUAUUACCUGCAGUAUUGUCUAGUCUUGCCUUCAAGUAAUUUACAAAAAAUAUCUGCAUAUUUUUGCAAUUUUAAAUGUACCUUUGCGUUGAUAUAUAUUUCUUUCUUCUUUCAUAACAUGAAAUUCCUGGCUUGUAUUUAUGUUGUGUAGGGAUUAGUCAUAAUAAAACACCUCAUGUUUGUGUGUUUGUGCAGAUGCACAGCUCAUGAAACCCAGUUCACUGUCCAGGCAGCAGACACACACACUGUCCUGCUGUGCAACACAUACUGUAAGUCUUAACAUGAUGCCUUUAUGAUUUCCCUCCAUCAUUCAGAGUCUCAUUGGCAGGAAGACAUGUCUAAUUACUUGUGGCCUGGAUGUUUAUUUUGUUCUUCAUCACAUUCCUCAUCUUCCUCCUUAAGAUAUUUCUGCCUUAAGAAUUGCCUUUUAUGAUCACACUCAUACGUUGAACAGUCAUCUACUGUAACUGUACAUACUUUGUUUCUAAUGAUUUGUUUGUAGGUCAGGUGUGUGUUGCCUCGAUGAUAUCUUGCCAGUGAGACUGUUCUAGAUCUGUGUCUCUGAGAGGGAAACUAACCCAGUACAGUGUGUUCACGGGAGGAGUGGGAAGUCCACAGAAGAAACCUCACAGUGUGACAGCAUCGUGCAUGUACUAUGGUGUAGCUUUUACCCUAAGUCUCUAUUACCUUUAACCUGUAACUUCUUGCAGAGAGUGCAACAAAUGAUGACUACAACAAUAAACUGUAAUGCAAUACCUGA